UUGUUUGAAAUACAAUUUUCUUUUAGUGUAAAUUUAUUGGGAACAUGUGUUGAUAAAUUAUGAGAUUUUCACUUUUAACUUUUUUUUCUACAAUCAUAUUGAUUACAUGUGAGAUGGUCCAACACAAGAAGAAACCAAUAAUUGAUCAGCUGCACAAAUCCCUGACGCAAGUCAAAGAAAUGCUCGCUGACAUCGAAGACAGAAUAGAAAUCGAAAGGAAGCAACUAUCUCAGGCAGAUUAUGACUUGCAUUACAAAGAGACCGCAGCAGACUUCAUGGAUUAUCAGGUUUCUAACAUUUGGGUGUCCACGAAAAAAGUACCGCCAUCUCCGAAACCGAAUCGAACUGACAUUGACAUCCAUCCAUCUUUGAGUGGUGACCCCAAAAUUGGACGACAAGCUUUCCUACCAACACUUCAACCAUGGUUAACGAGAGUAGUUUUAUCCAAUAUUACGAAAAAAAUUAAUGAAGAAACUACAUCUCUUGGUACCUCAUCGUGCUGUGCGGUGAAAACGGCAACUGUUCCGACUGUAUCAUCAUCAUUAGGUACCAGCAAGUAUGUACUAUCGACAUCAAAGAUUUCAAAACCAACCAUUUCGAAACCAACUACAGAAAGGCAAACACGAUCAGACUUGUCAAUUAAUAAAAAUAAUAAUAACUGGCCGUUUGAAAAUACUCCACACCCAGGUAUAACAGAAUUUGUGCUAGAACUUCAAAGCACUAUGCGAGAACUUAAGUCUGGCUACUUCACUGUCGGGUUGAUAAAGUUUUUGGAAAUGCUCGCAUACAAAGACUCUCGCGACAUUCAACCUGUUUUACUUGCAUUGGAAGCCAAGUCACAAAGGUUGAUGGAUGACUACAAUCUUCCAGGUUUCUAUGCGAUGUUCCAUGUUAACAUGGCUGUUUUGCUGAACAGGAUUAAUUUAUUAUCCAUUGACAAAAUGCAACAAAUUUCCGGUACGGGGUAUUUCACUUUGAAAAAUAAACAUAAUCUCGCAAGCCAAAAAGCCAAUGAAUGUAUCGAAAAAUAUGAUUCUUUGUUCCUAGAAAAUGAGGGGGUCGCGUUAUUUGGAUCUUUAGAAGAAUUUCAACAAUACCCAGAUGGAGGCCAAAGAGCCAUUGAAGUUAGCAAAGACCUAAUGUCUGCAGCUAUAGCACCGUUCCUUAGACUUAAUGGCUCUGGCGUCCACCCAAUGCUCGUAAAAUGCAUUAAUGAAGGCAUACACUUCUUUACUCCGCUGCUUAGGCAAGAUGGAGAUGACUAUGGUCUUUCAAACAAGACUGAUAUUUCAACACGAGCUGAUAAUGUUCUUGCGAAAGACAGAACUAAUAAAACUAGCAACUUGAAGGCUGGACAAUCAAGUCAUGUUUUAAGAGAUUCUUUGGGCACCAGAUCGCGAACACCGUCAAGACGUCAUAUAAGUCAUAAAUACAAGAAAAUUCGUCAGUUAUUAUCAAAACUUAUGAAUAAACAUCAUAAACAUGACAAGCGGAAAAAGCACCACCACUCGCAUCACAAUGCUCACCACCACAGUCAUCAUAGAAAACCUGUACAUCAAAACAAUGAACGCAAUACGCACAACCAACUUGAGGAACAAGAUCUUAACAACCGUAAUGAUUCUCUGUAUACACGAGAUCAACAAGAUGAACAUGCUUUACUAGAUCAAUAUGAUGAACAAGACCUACAGAAUCUAAACGAUGCUCUCUAUACACAAGAUCAACUUGACGAACAAGAUUCACACGAUCAAAAUUAUGAACAAGACACCCAAGACCAAUACAAUCAGUAUGGACAAUACGAGCAAAGUAAAAAGCAACAAAAGCUCUUCAAAAAAGCGAACGGUCGAACGCAUGUUCAAAGGGUAGAAAAAGAUAAAGAUUACGCAAGUGACGAUGAAGAAAAUAUUCAGAAAAUUAAGAAGAAACAUAAAUCGACUCACAAAAUCAAAGUCAAUACUCUACUCAGUGCAGAAACUUCGUCAUCGCCCAACAUAUUCGAAGCAAUUGGAAAACAAUUCUUACUUGGUCUUGCAAAGAAGUUGGAAGCAAAAAUGCACAAUAAAAAUAAAAGUCCACAUAUUUCAUGUUCCGAUGACGAAUCAAAUCAAGAAUCUAAGCACCCUGUUAGUGAUAAAUUCGUUCACAAAAUACGAGAGACUUCAAGCAACAGUUAUGAAGACAUCGAUAUCUUAAAGACUAAUCUAUAUGAGGCGUUAAGACUUGACAGCUGA